GGAAAGAAAAUAACUACACUUUGAAAGCACACAAAGUUUUAUCAAGUGUUACAUAAUGGAUGAAGAUGAUGCCAUGUCGGAUAACAGUGUGCCAUUUGGUUAUGGAGCUUCAGCUUAUGGCAGUGAGGCAGAGGAAGAGGAUGAUGAUUUUGUUAUCCACAGACCUGUAUCACUUCAACAGAUGGUUUGGGAAUCAACCACUGAAAGAUAUGAUGUGGAGCGAGCUGCAUCACCUGCACCCAGUUAUCUAUCGAUGCAUAGUGACGACUGGGUACCCAGUAAGUCGAGAAUGGGCGCUGAUACAGAGUGUAUCACCACCAGGAUCCAGUUGGACAGACAGGACUCUUCAGGAUCGAGCCGUUGUUCUGUUUCAAGUGAUGAGGGGGCAAAAACUGAAAUAAAGCAAGAAAAAAAGCCAGAGAAGAAACCAGUUCCAGAAAAAAGUCCUGCUCCACUUAUAAAACCAGAGUUGGAGAAAGAGCCUAUUGAAAAGCGCCACCCUGCACUGACUGUUGAAUUCACUUUCAAGGUUCUUCAAAACUGCUUUCAGAAACUUCGAGAAGACGAGUUUAAACGCUUUAAAAGGAUCCUGUGGGAGCGCUACCCUGAGUGCUUUCGGGAUCGGCUGGAUAAUUUGGAUAUAAUAGAUCUGGUGGACAAAAUGUUGGAAGUUUGUGAUUUGGAGGUUUCUCUGAAGAUCACAGAUGUCACUCUGAAUGACAUGAAGUUAAAGAAGUUGGCUGAGCAGCUGAAGGGGCUCUGUAAAAGAAACAAAGUCCGUUAUGAGUUAAAAAGGAAUCUGAAGGUAAAAUACGAACGGAUUUAUGAAGGUCUGACCCACCAAAGAGUGUUUAAGGAUGUGUACACAGACCUCUACAUCACAGAUGGUGGAAAUGCUGCAAUAAACAGCGAACACGAGUUCAGGCAGAUACAGGACCUAAAGGAGGACGGCCAUGGCAAGAAAAGGGAUCUGUCCUGCAAUGACAUUUUCGACCCAGAAACUGUCAAGUCAAGGCACCUGAGGACGGUGAUAACUAAAGGAAGUCCUGGGAUUGGCAAAUCCACUGUAGUUCAGAAGUUUAUUUUAGACUGGGUAGAAGGAACAUCACAUCAGGACAUCUUCUUUCUUCUUCCUUUGCCUUUUAAAGAGUUAAACCACAUCGCAGAAGGCAUGAAGGAAGAGAAAAAGAGCUCAGUGCCCAUGACAGAAGGCUUAACGUUAGAUGAUCUGAACCAGAUGGAAGUUGACUCUGACCAGAGGGAUGAAGGCACCAACCAAAGAAAAGAAAGCACAAUAGGCUUUAUGGAUUUAAUCUGCAGACUCUAUCCAGAAAUGAAAGAAGUGGACAAUCUUGACGUAGAAGAUUGCCAAGUUAUGUUCAUCCUCGAUGGCAUGGACAGCUGGGAUGUUCCUAUUGACUUUCGCAGCACUGCAUACUGGUGUGAUCAUAACGAACCAGCACCAUUAAAAGUCUUAAUCACCAAUCUGAUCAGGGGAAACCUGCUGUUUUCUGCCUAUGUCUGGGUCAUCACUCGUCCCAUUACAAUCAACCAGGUCCCCACAGAAUGCAUCCACCAGCUGCUGGAAAUUCGAGGAUUUACGAAUGAACAGAGAGAGGAGUAUUUUAGGAAAACUGUUGCUCAGAAAGAGCUUGCAGAGAAAAUAAUCACUCACAUCAAGUCCUGCAAAACACUUUACAUCAUGUGCCACAUGCCACUUUUCUGCUGGGUGGUACGCAAGGUGUUUGAAGCAGAUCUCCCCGUAACUCUUACUCAUUUAUACACAAACUUCCUACUUGUGCAAACUGGCAUGUGUGGACAGAGACAGUUGAAAUCUGAGUUUCUUAUGAAGCUUGGGAACAUGGCCUUCCAGUUACUGGAGAAGAAUGUGUUUAAAAUUGAGAAACAACACUGGCAGGAGUGUGGUCUGGAUCCUCAAUACGCAGUGGUUGCCGCAGGCCUCUGCACACAGUUCUACCGGGAGAAGUUUAUGAUGUAUCAGGAGAAGGUGGACUGCUUUAUUCAUCCGACGAUGCAAGAGUACCUAGCUGCACUUUACGUUUUCCAUUGCUUAAAGAACCUCAAAAAGAAUAUUCUGGAAGUUUCAAAGCCUCGAAUGUUCUCAGGUUUAAAAGAAGCUUCACUGGAGAGUCUGCACAAGAGUGCAGUAGAUAAAACAAUUCAAACCCAAAACAGCAGCUAUGUCCUCUUUCUGCAUUUUCUCCUGGGACUGUCAGUAGAGGUUAACCAAAAUCUGCUUAGCAAUAUGCUUUCCAACACGAUGUCUAGCGAGCAAGCCAGAAAGGAGACAGCACGCUACAUCAAGACGAUGAUUGAAGAGAAUCGCCAUCCUGAAAGCAAUGAUUACCUUCAACGAUGCCUGGAUGAACUUUUGCUUUAAAGGCAGUUAAGUGAUUUAAAAAUGACCCAAAGCUUCUUUUAAAGGUCAAUAUUUUUUUUCUAGUUAUUAAUUAAUUUGGUAGCUGUGUCAGGGUUUCGAUGGUUCAAGAGCAG